AUGAACUUGAUGGUCAACUACCUGACCGGAACCAUCCCACGUGAGCUAGGCUCUUUAUCAAAGCUUGGAGCUUUAAGCUUGGCUAGAAACAACGUUUCCGGGACCAUCCCUCCAUCCAUAGGAAACCUCUCAUCUCUUUCCAAACUCUCUUUCAUGUAUUGCAAGGUUCCUUUCGGGCUUUACAAUAUCUCCAACAUCAAUUUUUUAGCACUAGGUGUCAACCAACUUGAGGGAAAUAUUCUUGCUGAUAUAGGCUCCACACUUCCUAAUCUCCAAGCUCUUUAUCUUUUGGACAAUUUGUUUACUAGAACACUUCAUACUUCACUAUCAAAUGCUUUGGGGCUUGAAGUGAUAAACUUCUUUUUUAAUCAUUGCAGUGGGACAGUGCGGAAAGAUCUUGGAAAACUUCUGGGUCAUCGAGAGAUAAGCCUUUCUAAAAAUUGGUUCCAAGAUGAUCUCACUUUUAUUUCGCCUCUAACAAAUUGCACCAAUUUACAUAAUAUUGAUGCGGCUAUAAAUCUUCUCAGAGGUUCAUUGCCUGACUCCAUAGCUAAUCUCUCCACAUAUCUUUACGGGAUAGAUUUGGAGGAAAAUCAAAUACAUGGAAGCAUUUGUUCAAGCAUCAGGAACCUCGUCAACCUCAGUAGCUUAAGUGUGGCAUGGAAUUAUCUUAUUGGCCCUAUUUCAUCCUCCAUUGGUAGACUUCAUAAGCUUCAAGCUCUGGGGUUACACCAAAACAAAUUCACACAACUUCCAUCUUCGCUUGGUAAUUUGACUUCGUUGAUUAUUCUCUACUUGGGACAAAACAGCAUCCAUGGAAACAUACCUACGAGUUUGGGAAAUUGUCAUAGAUUGUUGGAAUUAGACCUUUCUCAAGAUAAUCUCAAUGGUCCAAUACCCCCUGAAAUUAUGAAGCUCUCAACCCUUUCAGAAUUGCUUUGGUUAGGUCAAAAUGCACUGUCCGGUUCUCUUCCAUUAGAAAUCGGUUCUUUGAAAAAUCUUGGAAACUUGGAUGUGUCCCAUAAAAGAUUAUUAGGAUCCAUACCAAACACUCUUGGCAGUUGUUUGAGUCUGGAAUGGUUUGAGUUGGAAAAUAAUUCAUUUGAAAGAGAGAUACCUCAAAGUUUGAGAACGCUAAGGGGUUUAAGAGUGUUAGAUCUUUCGCACAAUAAUUUGUCGGGGUUGAUCCCAAGUUAUCUAGGUGAGUUUCAACUAGAUAUCUUGAAUUUGUCUUUUAAUAGGUUACAUGGACAAGUUCUAAUACAAGGAGUGUUUCAAAAUACGAAUGCGAUUUCAGUUGUUGGAAAUAAUGAUCUAUGUGGAGGAAUUGCAAAAUUAGACCUUUCUCCUUAUUCAUCCUCCAAAUCAAGCAAGAAUAAGUUGUCUCACAAGCUGAAAAUGAUAUUGGUUGUGGUGGUUGCUCUUGUGAUAUGUGCAACUUUUGGAAUCCAGAAAUUCAAGUGUGGAGUGUUCGAAGGUGUUCAAAACUAUGCGCGGUUAUUGAGUCGACGUAGAUGUUGUGGAAUCAACAUCAAUCUAAUUAAUCCUGAGACGAAGGUUGUGGUGGACGAUAUACAAAGAGUUGAGGAUAAAUUGACAGAGUUUGGGUAA